AUGUCUUCGCGACUGUGCUUCUGCGUCUGGGCGGUUGCCUGCUGGCCGCCAGGAAGCGCCCUACAGCUCCGGUUGGGCAUGCCAAGUGUUUGUGAAGAACAGCAAGUGACUGUGGUUGAACUUGCACACCCAUAUGUUCGGGCAUUCACGGACAUUGUCAAGCUCUGGAAACAAGGCUGUACUGGCUCAAGUUGGUGUGUGAGCUGUGAAAGAAGUGCCCGAUACUACACCAUCUGCAGACAGGUGUACAACCUGGAGCAGCAGCCUGUCUACCGGUGCUGUCCUGGUUGGAACCAGUGGGAUGAUGAACUGGAUGCCUACACUGUAAAUUAUAAUUCUUCUUUGGGAACUUGUUUCAAUGGAAGAAAAUGCUCAGAUGGUGAAGGCCAGUAGUGCCAGUGUUCAGAGGGAUUUCAUGGACCCCACUGUCAAUAUGAUGUAAAUGAAUGUACCAUUGACAAUGGUGUCUGUCAAGAUCGAUGCUGUAAUAUAGUUGGCAGUUAUUACUGCAAAUGUCAAGCUGACCAGAAGCUGGAGGAAGAUGGCAAAGGAUGUGAAGAUGUCGAUGAAUGUGCGGUGGUGAAUGGAGGCUGCCAGCAGCGCUGUAUUAACACUCUGAGCACCUUCCACUGGGAAUGUGAUACGGGAUGGAGACUGCAUGCUGACGAACGCACCUGCAUAAGGAUUGAAUUGGAAAUUGUCAAUAGCUGUGAAAAGAACAAUGGUGGUUGUUCCCAUCACCAUGAACAUGCAAUUGGUACUCCCCGCUGUUCCUGUAACCAUGGACACCAGCUUGAUUCUGAUGAGAAAAUAUGCAUAGAUCUUGAUGAAUGUGAGAAUGGAGAAGCCUGCUGUGACCAGCUCUGCAUCAGCUAUUUAGGAGGCUACGAAUGCAGAUGUCAGGAAGGCUUUCAGAUCAGUUCCAAUGGUUGUGGAUGUGAUGCUUUAGAUGAUGAUGAGCUAGAGGAAGAAGAAGAGGAAUGAGAAGUUGUGAGGUUUCCAGGUCUUCUAUUCAAGAGCCCUCCUCAACAGCUUCAUUAUGUUGCUACCUUUCUGCCUCCCACCUACAAAGAUGAAGAAGAUGAGGAGGAAGAGGAAAAAGAUACUUGUAGAGAACUGACUUCUUUGCACAAAUUUGGUGUAUGGUAUCACAUUACAAUCUGUUUAGAUCACAUCUUUGGACACAAUUGAAGCUUGAGCUGCAAGGACUGCAUGAAUGGAGGAAAGAGCCAGGAAGGAAAGAGUGAAUGCUCCUGCCCAGCAGGUUGGGGUGGCAUUCUUUGUAAUGAAAGUAAGUGGCACCCUGAGAAUUGGGUAAGCACCCCAAACCACUCCUUUACAUAUGUUCUCCCCAAAAUAUUUUAAUAAAGUAAGCAACUGAUAAGGACAAGAAGACAAUAUAUUUCUUGGGCAUAAAUAAUGCUUUUGAAGCGCUUAAGUUUUAAACUGAAUAUGUGAUUUAAAAAGGAGAUUUUGUGUUCCCUAGGAAACUUAACAUGCUGUCUCUCAUUUAUCCAUGGAAUGUAAAAGUUAAUAAAGGAUCCUAAUAUUCUAGGCCUAUAAAAAUCCCUCCAUUUAAAUAAAUCAUUAGGCCCUGACAAGCUAUUCCCA